UUCUAACACAAUGAUUAUAUUAAAAUUAAAUACAAUUUAAAAAAUAUUUUUAAAGGUGUAUUAGUAAAAGAAAUGGAUGCCUUAAUGACUAAAUGUUGUGAUAGUGAUCCAAAGCAAGUUCUGACAUCCGAAGAAUGUGAACCAACAAAUUUUCACUCUAUUAGAAUACUAGAAGACUUACAAUCUUUACCCAAAAAUGUUUUAAUAGCUGCUAGUCCAUACUUCCGUGCCAUGUUCAUUAAUUUUGAUGAAAAUUAUGAAUAUUAUGAUCCUGGUCUUGACACAUGGACAUCAGUUGCACCAAUAUCUGCACAUCGCCAUGGUGUUGGUGUAGGAGUCUUGGAUGGUCUGCUUAUGUAUGCUAUUGGUGGCUAUGAUGGAAAGUAUCUUAAAAGUGUUGAGGUUUAUAGACCAAGUGAUGGAGUUUGGUCUUCUGUAGCUGAUAUGGAAAUAUGCCGAAUGAGGAGGCCUGUUGAUUAAGCUAUGUCGUUGGUUAAUAAAAGAGUUCAGAAAUCCAUAUGCACAAGGAGUUUCAAGUAUACCGCUUAGGUACCACCUCGAUAUAGAAAGACUACUGCUAGUGCAGGACAGACCACGGAGAAUAGGAAUAGCAAGCAUCGUAUUUAACAGAAUAAAACCACCAGUGCCCACGGGGGAAGAAACUGCAGAACAACUAGAAGCAGACAUAAGACUGACAAAUAGGGUCAUAGACAAAUUUUUCGCUUUAAAUGAUGAAAUAGAUAUAGAAGCGUGGUCAAAUUUUAGGAAAGCACAAAUGUAUGGAGCAGCACGAUUAAACAAUAAUAAUAGUAACAAUACUAACAAUAGAAAUAGUAAUAAUAUUAGUAAUAUAGGUGGAGGUAGUAGGCUUAGAAGUAUAAAUGAAUUGAAUUUGAUGGAAAUUAAUUUAGAUGAUAUAGUUCCGAAUAAUUUUAUUAGUAAUAUGGACGAAGUAGAUGGAUUUACAGAUAGCGAUAGUGAUUAAAAUAUGAGAAUAAAAUAAGAAGAAAUAAAUAAUUAAUGUGAUUGAAAGAUACUAUAAGUUGAUUGUUAGUUGUUGACAGUGGGAGAACAGUGAGGCUUACAAAAUGUAUAUUUAACACAGUGGUUAGCAAACGGGGAUACGCAAAUUUUGUAAAAUAUUUUGAUUAAAGAAAUAACGUAACUUAUCGAUCAGGUUAGUAGAAUUAAUUAAAGGAAAAAGUAAUUGGUCUGAAUGUCUAAUUUUUUAACAACAAUACUACUACAACAAAUUGAUCACAGCAUAUUGUAUUGUCCACAUAAUAAUAAUAAUAAAACAGCAGCUUAUCUGACAAAAUAGUAAAUUAAAAGUAAAGAGAGAACAGGAAAUAACAAUAAUAUUAGGAAUCGGUACGGCGUAUAACAGUGAGUCAUGUGAUCUAAUAUUAUUACACUUUGAUCAGUGGUCCGUUGUUAUAUACUGGACGAAUUACACUCGAGGAAAGAAAUAGAGACAUUUGAUCAGUUGGUGUUUUGUUUAAGAGUUAUGCAUAUCGUAUAUACCUAUCGGAACUUUGAACGCGAGCAUUAACGGGACAAAUGGCUAAAAUAAUCCCAAUAAGAAAAUGAUACGAAUAUAGUCUCGUUGAUUUAGUCAAUAGCGUGAAUUGAUACUUUGAUUAAUUAGCACAAUGAGCGCUAGGGAUUCAAUCAGCAAGGUAAAAAUAAAUACAACUAUUUAGUAAAACAAAUUAAUUUUAAUGUUGGAAUAGAUCAGAAAUACAACUUUUGAUCUGGACUGAUGAGAUAAAAUCACGCGAUAAUUAAAAUAAUAUAGUGAAUAGAAAUAAAAUUUAAGUAUUAUGGAAAUAUAUAGUAUAGUAUAUAUAUAUAUAGUAUAUACAAAAGAAUAUAGGAAUUGAAAAAAAAAAUGAAUAAAAUGAAAAAAAAAAGGAAAAGGGAAAAUGUAGGGUUAAAUUUUUAUUAAUGAAAUAAUAGUAAGGGAUAGGAAAUAUGAGAAAAUAUCAUAAGAGAAUCAUACAUAGAGGAACAUACACAUUAUAAAUAUUAUUAACAUGGUGUUGGGAAAAUACAUAACUGUAAUGUAUGACCCCUUGUCAAUACAUUGAUAUAUAAUAAAUAUAAGAAAUAUACAUUUAAGUAAAUCAGAACUUUAUUUUAAAUAUAAAUGAGAUUCAAAAAACAUGUUUUACAAUACAAAUUGGAGGGAAAAGAAAUUAACAAUGAAUAAUAGUAAUGACUAGCACCAUUCUCAGAGUGUGCUUCUUAUCAAAUUAAUACAUCAAAGAUGUUAUAUAUUACAUCUGCUCACCCCUAAGUUUACAAUACUUAUAAUGUGAAUUUAUACAAUGUAUAACAAAAACAAUUUUUUUCUUAAUAAAACAUAUUACAAACAUUUACAUAU